GUUUGGUCAAAAGCUAUAAAUUGUACUGAAAAAAGUUCCUCUUUUUUCAGUGGGAGUCUCUUUCACUUGCAUACAGCUCUCUCACCUGAGAGAGAGCGUGUAUUAAGUGAAACAAAGCUCAUACAAGUUCUGGGUCUGUCUGGUUUUGGCUCUAUAUUUGUGUUUUCCUUUUUUUUUUUUUUUUUUUUAAGUUUCUAUUUUUAGAGUUGGGUGAGUGUAAAAGCUACACCAAAAUGUCGGGAAAGAGUAGAGGAAUGGGAGGAGGAGAGUAUACUAAAAAUGGGAUGUCUAGGAACAUGGCUUUUAUGCUGUGCCUUUGCAGCUUCUUUGCUGGAAUGGUUUUCACUAACAGGAUGUGGACAGUGCCUGAAGGUAAAGAUGAAGAUGCUCAAAUAAACUUAAAAUCUGAGAAUUAUCCAAAACUUAACAUUGUACAGCAGAACACCAAUGACAGUAUGGGGUCCUUGGAUGAUAGAAUAUCAAAAUUGGAGAUGAAAUUAACAGCUGCUAGGGCAGAACAUGAAUCUAUAAUUCGUGGCAGCCCAAAGUCAGCAAACUUCAAGAAAGUUGAAACAAAUGCGAAAAGAAAAUACUUUGUGGUUAUAGGAAUCAAUACAGCUUUUAGCAGCCGCAAACGAAGAGAUUCUGUUCGUGCUACUUGGAUGCCACAAGGUGAGAAGAGAAAGAAGUUGGAGGAAGAGAAGGGUAUUGUGAUGCGCUUUGUUAUAGGUCACAGUUCGACAUCUGGUGGUAUACUUGACAAAGCAAUUGAAGCAGAGGAGACGCGGCAUGGAGACUUUUUGCGGCUGGACCAUGUUGAGGGCUACCUGGAACUAUCAGCCAAGACUAAGACUUAUUUUUCAACUGCUGUUUCCUUGUGGGAUGCUGAGUUUUAUGUUAAAGUUGAUGAUGAUAUCCAUGUAAAUUUAGCUAUGCUUGGUACAACUCUAGCUAGACACCGUAUGAAACCUCGGGUUUACAUUGGGUGCAUGAAGUCUGGUCCUGUCCUUGCUCGAAAGGGAGUGAGAUACCAUGAACCAGAGUAUUGGAAGUUUGGUGAGGUGGGAAACAAGUAUUUUCGACAUGCUACAGGACAAUUAUAUGCUCUCUCAAAAGAUCUGGCUACUUAUAUAUCGACAAACCAGCCUAUACUGCACAAAUAUGCCAAUGAAGAUGUUUCAUUAGGUUCUUGGUUAAUUGGUAUAGAUGUGGAGCACGUGGACGAUAGGAGACUCUGUUGUGGUACCCCACCUGAUUGUGAGUGGAAGGCGCAGGCAGGCAACGUCUGCGUUGCUUCAUUUGAUUGGAAAUGUAGUGGGAUUUGCAAGUCUGCUGAGAGAAUCAUGGAUGUUCACCAGCGCUGUGGUGAGGAUAAGAAUGCUUUAUGGAGUGCAAGCUUUUAGAGACAAGUAAAUGUUCCUCCAAACUCAGGAAGGACAAACAGAUAUCUGAAAAGGCAAGCAUAGGAAUGGUCCUUUUCCAUCUAAUACCUAAGUAUUAUGCAGGUGUAGAGAAUGUAUUUAAUAACAGUAUAUAGAGUUAUUAUAGUUAAAGAGAAAAAGGGAGGCUUUGCUGCUUGGGGCUCUUCUGCAUUUAAGCGGAGGAGAUCUGCCCCUCUAAACGGCUAAAGAACAAACAGACUGUCACAACCUAUUCUUUGUAUGGUUGGAGGGCUUGAUUGUAAGUUCUCUGACAUGGCCAUUGAGCUCAAUAACAUGUAAUAAUCUUUGUGAACGUCAAUUCCUGCUUUUUGCAUUUUCAAUAAUAUAAUAUACGUCAAUUUUUCA